AUGGUGUUAGGCUUAUUACUUGCGGCUGGUGCUGGAGCUGCUGCAUAUGGCCUGCUAAGACGAAAUAACUACCAACAAGUAUAUGAUGGUAGUUAUGAUUAUUAUUAUCCAUAUGAUCCAUAUGGCGGUGCUGGUAAUUACCAUUAUGCUGCUCCCUCGUACUAUCCUGUCCAUGGUAGGACUCCAGCAGCGCAUGGGUCUCCGCAUGUGUCUUCUCCAACUGGUAUGGGUGCCGGGACGGGAAAACAUUAUCAAUCAGUUGCAAACCAAAUGCGCCAGUAUAUGGGCCAGCGAUAA